GGCAGUUUCGUCCGCCGGCGCUCAAGGCGUCCCGGUAACUUCCUUUCCCGCAGCCCAGGAGCAGAUGGGGAGGCUCCGGGUGCUGCUGCUGUGGCUAGCCUGGUGGCUGUCGCAGGCGGGCAUAGCCCACGGUGCGGGCUCGGUGCGCCUGGCUGGCGGCCUGACGCUGGGUGGCCUCUUCCCGGUGCACGCGCGGGGCGCCGCAGGGCGCGCGUGCGGGGCGCUGAAGAAGGAGCAGGGCGUGCACCGGCUGGAGGCGAUGCUCUAUGCUCUGGACCGCGUCAACGCCGACCCGGAGCUGCUGCCCGGCGUGCGGCUGGGCGCGCGGCUGCUCGACACCUGCUCGCGGGAUACCUACGCUCUGGAGCAGGCACUGAGCUUCGUGCAGGCUCUUAUCCGAGGCCGCGGCGAUGGCGAAGAGGCCAGCGUGCGCUGUCCCGGGGGAGUCCCCCCGCUGCGAGCCGCGCCUCCUGAGCGCGUGGUGGCGGUGGUGGGAGCCUCGGCUAGCUCCGUGUCCAUCAUGGUCGCCAACGUCUUGCGCCUGUUUGCGAUACCCCAGAUCAGCUAUGCCUCCACAGCCCCAGAGCUCAGUGACUCCACACGCUAUGACUUCUUCUCCCGAGUGGUGCCACCUGACUCCUACCAGGCCCAGGCCAUGGUGGAUAUCGUGCGGGCACUGGGAUGGAAUUACGUGUCUACACUGGCCUCUGAGGGCAACUAUGGCGAGAGUGGGGUUGAAGCCUUUGUGCAGAUCUCCCGUGAGGCUGGAGGUGUCUGUAUUGCCCAAUCAAUAAAGAUUCCCAGGGAGCCAAAGCCAGGAGAAUUCCACAAAGUGAUCCGGAGGCUGAUGGAGACACCCAACGCCCGGGGCAUCAUCAUCUUUGCCAAUGAGGAUGACAUCAGGAGGGUCUUGGAAGCAACACGCCAGGCCAACCUGACUGGUCACUUCCUGUGGGUUGGUUCAGACAGCUGGGGAUCCAAGAUCUCUCCCGUCUUGAACCUAGAGGAAGAGGCUGUGGGGGCCAUCACCAUCUUGCCCAAAAGGGCUUCAAUCGACGGAUUUGACCAAUACUUCAUGACUCGCUCCCUGGAGAACAACCGCAGAAACAUCUGGUUUGCUGAGUUCUGGGAAGAGAAUUUUAACUGCAAACUAACCAGCUCAGGUGGCCAGUCAGAUGAUUCCACUCGAAAAUGCACAGGUGAGGAACGCAUCGGCCAGGAUUCCACCUAUGAACAGGAGGGGAAGGUGCAGUUCGUGAUAGAUGCUGUGUAUGCCAUCGCUCACGCUCUGCACAGCAUGCACCAAGCACUCUGCCCAGGCCACACAGGUCUAUGCCCAGCCAUGGAGCCUACUGAUGGCCGGACCCUUCUGCACUACAUCCGAGCAGUCCGCUUCAAUGGUAGUGCAGGAACCCCAGUGAUGUUCAAUGAGAAUGGAGAUGCCCCCGGGCGCUAUGACAUCUUCCAGUACCAGGCAACCAAUGGAAGUGCCAGCAGCGGCGGGUACCAGGCUGUGGGCCAAUGGGCAGAGGCUCUUAGACUGGACAUGGAAGCUCUACAGUGGUCAGGCGAGCCCAAUGAGGUGCCCCCUUCUCAAUGCAGCCUCCCCUGUCGGCCUGGUGAACGGAAAAAGAUGGUGAAGGGUGUCCCCUGCUGUUGGCACUGUGAGGCCUGCGACGGGUACCGCUUCCAGGUAGACGAGUUCACAUGUGAGGCCUGUCCAGGGGACAUGAGGCCCACACCCAACCACACUGGCUGCCGUCCCACACCCGUGGUGCGCCUGACCUGGUCCUCUCCUUGGGCCGCUCUGCCCCUUCUCCUGGCUGUCCUGGGCAUCAUGGCCACCACCACUAUUAUCGCCACCUUCGUGCGACACAAUGACACUCCCAUAGUCCGCGCCUCUGGCCGUGAGCUCAGCUAUGUGCUGCUCACUGGCAUCUUCCUGAUCUAUGCCAUCACCUUCCUAAUGGUAGCCGAGCCUUGUGUAGCUGUCUGUGCUUCUCGAAGACUCUUGCUUGGCUUGGGUACCACGCUCAGCUACUCAGCCCUGCUCACCAAGACCAACCGCAUCUACCGCAUCUUUGAGCAAGGGAAGCGUUCUGUCACACCGCCACCCUUCAUCAGCCCCACGUCUCAGCUAGUCAUCACCUUCGGCCUCACCUCGCUGCAGGUGGUGGGAGUGAUAGCGUGGUUGGGGGCCCAGCCUCCACACAGCGUGAUUGACUAUGAGGAACAGAGAACGGUGGACCCUGAACAGGCCAGGGGUGUGCUCAAGUGUGACAUGUCUGAUAUGUCUCUCAUUGGCUGCCUGGGCUACAGUCUCCUGCUCAUGGUCACAUGUACAGUAUACGCCAUCAAAGCCCGAGGUGUGCCUGAGACCUUCAAUGAAGCCAAGCCCAUCGGCUUCACCAUGUACACCACCUGCAUUAUCUGGCUGGCUUUUGUUCCCAUCUUCUUUGGCACCGCCCAGUCAGCUGAGAAGAUCUACAUCCAAACGACCACACUGACUGUGUCCCUGAGCCUGAGUGCGUCAGUGUCCCUCGGCAUGCUCUACGUGCCCAAAACCUACGUCAUCCUGUUCCAUCCAGAGCAGAAUGUGCAGAAGCGGAAGCGCAGCCUCAAGAAGACCUCCACGGUGGCGGCCCCGCCCAAGAGCGAGAAUGCAGAGGACGCCAAGUAGCAAGGAUGAGUGUGGGUGCCACAGGUUGCUCUCUGCCCUUCCUUUGCAUCUCCUGGCUUCAAAGUGGAAGCUGUGAAAGAUCCACAGAGACCAUCAGAGGCCAGGAAUGGAUGGGCAUGACUUCAGAAAGCUAUACCCUGAUCCACACUGGACUUGUGCUUUCUUGAGCAUGCCAACCUCUUCAUUCUGCCCUUC